AUGAGACGUCUUCUUCGCGUUUUCUUCAUCUUCGUCGCUAUUGUCAAUUUGGGCAUCUUCCUUGUCGGUGAGUCCGAAUCCUUGUGUUCGUCUAUAAAGUAUGCGGAACUUUUGAAGGUCUCGGAGUCGGGAUUAUGCAGAACGACCUGCUACUUCUGUCCGGAAUCCUGACAAUACUCGGAUUUCUGGGAAUGGUUCUCUCGGCGAUCGCCUGGUUUAUUCAGUCGUCGGUGAGAGACGGGGGAAUUAACGCACUUAGAAUGGAGGAAAUUUGAGACUAGAGCUAUGUUUAAUUGAUGACCGGUAGGGCAGAAAAUCUUUUUUCUCUGUGUCCGUACGUGUUUGUGCAUGCUCGAUUUCGCAAGCAAGUAGACAUCAGGUUCAACACUGUUCUUCGGUCUCUUUCAGCGGAAUUCAGCGGGGAAAAGUUUGUUUGUCUCACACUUUUAAACUAUUAACGCGAGUGAAAAGGACUCAUAAUUAAUUGGUUGGCCAUCCGAUGCUCUUCUUUUUUCUCAAUACGCUUCAGAUAGAAAUAGCCUAGGCAAGCUAUUAUUUCAGUGAAAAAACAACGCAUUUAUAUAGUUUGAUGUGAUGUGAUGAGAGACUGGACCGCUAGAUUGUAGUUGUGGGGAUGAUCAGAAGAGAGGAAAAAUGUCAAAUUGUGCACAUUUUGCACACAUUGACGCAUUGACAUGAGAUAUAAUGUAUUCGGAAUAACAUCGAACACAUUUUGUAAUAGAGAAUAGAAAAAGAACGUACGUUUUCUGUCUAGAAACUGCAAAAGUUCCUGAAACAACGAGAGCAAAUGCCGGAGGAAAUGAUCACAAGGGAUACAACGGAGGCGGUGAUGAAGAAUAUUCGAGGAAUUCCGUUUUUGAUUCAGGUACAGGAACCCGAAAUGAUACGGUACUCAAAGCGAAAGAAAUUCAGGCCAUACAAUACUCGAUGGAGACCACAUACUACCGUGACAUCAUGAAUGACAUGGGGGAUGGAAUAGUUCGAACGUCCGUGAUCCACACGGCCCCUGCCUGCCAGUCUGUCUUGGAUUCGGAUAGCGAGCAGGACACUUCACGACCAACCCCAACUCCAAGGUAUAUUAAGUUAUUUUUGAAACACCAGGGAAUUUUAAACCUUCCAGACCUUCCCGGAACUCGGCCGAAGAGCAGUGGCUGGCUCACGGCGAGAAAUGGCGUAAUGAGCAACUGCGUCUGUCGAUGGAACGCGAAAACCCGCACUUCCUGGUGUUCCCGUACAGCGAGGCUUCUCCGCAUCGCGAUUCCAUGAACAACAUGGAUGCCCUGGUUCAUGAGUUCUCCCGAUUCGACAGUAUCAAACGUCCGCAUUGGCAAGCUAUUCGGAACUGUUGCACAAAGAUCACAUUCUGCUUGUUUACAGCUUCACCAAACAACAAAAAAUGGCACAUAAUCACUUCCAAGUUCGCUGCAUCGGAAUGUCUGCGGAAUUCAUUGAAAGGUGGGAAUUCUGAUCAUUUUUUAUCGUGUCGUGAGAAAUUUGAAUUUCUAAUUGUUAUGUUUCAACGUGUUCGAGUUCAGAUUCAACAACUCGUUCGGCGCCAACACCAACUACAGCUAA